AUGGAGAAAGAACGCUCGUCGGAAUUUGCAUCCGCGUUUGCUUCCACCAAAUUCUGCUCCUAUCCAGCCUAUUCCUACCUACCGCGACCGCACUCCACCGCAUCAGCAUCCAUGUCUGUCGUCUCCGCUCUCAACCACGACCCCAUGCUAUCCGCGCAGCACUCCAUAGCCCCUUCCUGCAGCGUCGUUCCCCCAGACGGCUCCUCCGCCUGGCCCGCCUCCGCCGCUGUAGCCGCUGCUGCGGCGGCGCAAGCGCAAGCGCAGUCCCACGCGCCCAUGUGGGCCUCCUCGCCAUUCCAUUGCCAGGCGCUUCCGCCUCCCGCACCCAACGGCUCCGCGUGCUUCUCGUUCCCCGGAGCCGAACCUGCGCCGCCCAUGUUCACGUUUCCGCAGUUCCGCCUGACGAACACUCUCGCUGCGGCGCAGCUGAUGGAAGCGGGAGCUUCCGCCUCCGCCGCCGCUGCCGCUGCCGCGUCCGGAUCUGACAGCUCGUUUUCGCAGGUCAUGUACGAAGCUGCACAACAGCAGCAGCAACAGCAACAGCAGCAACAGCAGCUGCAGAUGCAGCAGCAACAGGCGCAAGUCAUGCAGCCGCAGAUGUUCGCAGCAGCUACGCCGCUCAGCGCCACGGCGGGGAGCGCGCCGCCGCCUGUCCUUGGUAUCCCGGUUCACGGUUAUAAUAUUUUCUCCUUGGUCAAACCGCUCGAGAGCACGCUACGCGCGGCGUCCGUGAGCUUGCCGCAGCCUUCCGUUCUGAAACCCGCUAUGUCCGUCGCGAAUGGCGCGACUGGCGGCGCCGCUAACGAUGCCGGUCUGUUACAGGUUCAAGAGCAGCAGGGCAGUAGCGGAGCUGUGAAACCUUCCGCGACGGCUGCUGCUGGUGGGGCUGAGAACGGCGGAAAGGAUGGUGACGCUGCUUCACCGGGCACUGCGGGUCGAUCGUCGCUUAGCUCUGAAGUGUCCCCCUCGCCAGAUGCGAUCCCGGCCAUCGAUUGGAUGCUCGGGCAGAUGAAACGUUCGCUGGGUCAGCAGAAAAAAGAGACUGGUGCUGCUUCGAGCGUGGUGGCGGAGCACGGGGAUGAAACCCCUGCUGCAGCGGGCAGUGGUUCAGCUGGUAGUGGUUCCGCUUGGCUGCCCGUUCCCCGGUCGCACAGAUCUGCCCCUCCCCCCGAAACAAUGGAGUCGAAGCAGCAGGUGGAGAGAUGGGUGAAAUUACUAAGCAAAGAGGAGCUCCUAAGGUUGAUCUUACGCUCAAGCUCUGAAGAUGGUCAGGACUCAGAAGGUUUUGCUGAGAUGGCUGCUGAUAUGGUCCCUAAGUCUUUCAAGGCCAACAUGGACUAG